AUGCACUGCCCCAACUUGGCGACUCCGCUCAUGGCUCCACCAACUCCUUGUGGGUCUAAGAACGUGGAGAACUCUCCUACAGACCGCCGUGGAGACCAGAAAAAACCUCGUCGUCAUUCCCCGAAGAAAAGCGGACGUUCAGAGUGCAGAAGUCGUUCGACGAACCAUCAAGGCCAAAUCACAAGAGGGAAACCAGAGCAACGCUGUCCAUCGAAGAACUUAGACAGAACUGGUAGCAUUGAUCGUAGCGUCCCAAGGGCUGUUUCCAGGGCCAGCAGAUCUACUCAAGGAAGGCGUCGUAACUAUUCCGAAUUGAAGGUCGCUCCUGUAACUCCAGCAGUGAGUGCUGGAAGUCGCCGUCGCCAACCAAGUGAUGCUGGAAGUCGCCGUCGUCAUCAAAGUGAUGCUGGAAGUCGCAGUCGUCAUCAAAGUGAAAGUCGUACUGCUGCGAAGAAAUCCAGUUCUUCUCGCCGUCGCUCAGAAAGUCGUCGUACCGAUUUGAAGCCAAGGAAGCAGUCAUCAUCCAAGAAUGACGACACACCUCGUCGCCCAUCAGUUCCUCGUGAACACCGUUGCACUGUAGGAAUGAGAGUCAGUUUUUUCCAAGCACCAGAUGCAGCCAAGAAGCAAAUUGUCAUCCCGCUACAGACGCGCUACCAUCUUCGCUCACCUAUUGCCCUCAGUGCCGUGCUACAGUCCAGUUCUGCGAGGCUGCCUGCUACAAACAGUGGACCGGGGUGUGUCCCAGGAGUGCUGCUCGACGAUGGUGACAAGAAGCAAUCUGUACUCGACAGAUCACCGCCUGAUAACAGUUCACUGCCUCUUGAAGUGGAGCCUACAUCUUCUGGAGCUGUCCCACAGCAAUCCCAGGAAUCGUCCUUCCACAGUGGUGCUGUCCAGGCUUUGCUAUCAGGACAACUUGCUGAUGGGGUUUCUCAUGAGGCUGAAUCCUCUGAUCCGAAAGGUAAAAAAGGAGGUCUUGAAGCUGCCGAAGUCGCCAAGAAAUCCCCGCCUCUCGGU